AUGGGGGACAAGUUUAUAUCAAUUAUUUUUGUUAAGAAAAAUGUAAUUAAUGUAUCUGAGCGUUUGCAUUGCAUUGCCAGAUCGGAGAAUACUGACGAAUUGAAUUGCUAUGGAACCACAACCUCUCUCCCCCCUCCCUAUAUCAUCACCACCAGCCCUAACCCUAGAUCACUCACCUCAACCACUGCCGCCGCCGCCAUGUCUUCCUCUGGCCAACGCCGUCGCCGCCUCAAGAACACCGUCACCAUCAGCUCCGCCGAGAAGGUGAUCGGAGAUGACGAUCUCCUCGGGAAGAUCCUCAUACGGCUACCAGCAAAGCCCCUCAUCACAUUCAAGCUCGUAUCCAAGAGUUGGUGCUCUUUGAUUUCCGAUCCUUUCGUCCUUGACAAUUGGAUCCCUCCAAUUUCAGCGUCCUCUUUUUUUCUCCUCAGGUACUUCUCUCCGUCUUCCCGUAUUAUCAAGUUCAAUCACAUAUAUCACGCUGGUUUUGUGAACAAGAACAAGAAGCUUGAAUCAUUCAAGUACGUAGAUGACCGUGUCAAAAUUUCACAGUCUUGUAAGGGCUUGUUGCUCUGUUCUACGUGUUUUUCUGAUUUAUAUCCUAAUUCACCUCGUUACUAUGUUGUUAACCCUACCACCAAGGAAUUUACCACCAUUCCUAGGCCUACAAAUGGGGAUGAUAGAUACUUCAUAGCUUCUAUCAACUUGGCAUUUGAUCCCGCUGUUUCACUUCGCUACAAAAUAGUUGCUGUCCUUUCCAAACAAUGGCCCGACCAUAAUUGUCAAAUUGCGGUAUAUUCGUCGGAAACUCGGAUUUGGAUGUUUUCCGACGCUUCAUUUGCUUGCUCAGGGAAGAUAACUUUUCACAAUGGUGUCUUCUUUAAUGGUAAGAUCCAUUGGUCUUGUUGCCACUCACAAGCAUCCAUAUAUUAUGAUUUGAAUAGAAACCAAUUCUCUGCAUUGCCGAUGCCAAUUUGUCUCUCAAUUGUGCCAAUGUAUUUUGGGGAGUUUGGAGGUCGUCUACGCUUAAUGGAAUUUUAUCGAAAUCCCACUAGUCAUUUUGAUGUGUUAGAGUUGAAGAGUGACUAUUCUGAGUGGUUUGUGAAAUACCGCAUUGACCUUAAGAUGGGUGUAUCGGCUUUUCCAGAGAUGCGUCGCGCUGGCUGGUGUACGGCCUUUGUAUUCAACGUGCUUUGCUUCCUUGGAGGAGAAGUUGAAGGGGAUUCAUGCUUGAUCUUAUACAUACCUUGUAAAGUCAUAUCCUAUAACUUCAAGGAUAAGAGUUUUAGGAAGAUUUGCAAUUUGACGCUGAGUCGUGAGGACAUUAGCAAUUUGCGAGGUUGUCCAUGGUCCACCAUCCAUCCAUGCAUGGAAACCAUGUUUCAUGUUUGA